CUCUCUCUGGCUCUUCUGGCGUGAAGGAUAGGUGACCUUGCCUGCCCACUGUCACAAAAUAACAAGUGGAUUAGCCCCAAGAGUUGCUGGGAGUGGCAAGAAGAAUGAAUGAGCUCUCAGUCCCACUGAUAUAAAGUUCUGAGGAGAUCCACAGAUCUGAGCACCAAGAAUUCAGGUCGGUCCUUGGCACAUGGGCGUCAGCAUCACCUCCUAGCCAGCAGGAUGGAGACCACCCCGUUAAAUUCCCAGAAGGAGCUGUCAGCAUAUAAGGAUGGAGAAGAUUGUCAGGAAAACGGGGUUCUACAGAAGGGUGUCCCUGCCCCUGGGGAUAGGGCAGAGUCCGGCCAGAUCUCCAAUGGGUACUCAGCAGUUCCGAACCCUGGCGCGGGAGACGACACUCAGCACUCCAUCCCGGCUGCAACCACCACCCUGGUGGCUGAGGUUCAUUCCGCAGGGCGGGAGACCUGGAGCAAGAAGGUGGAUUUCCUCCUUUCUGUCAUUGGCUAUGCUGUGGACCUGGGCAACGUCUGGCGCUUUCCCUACAUUUGUUACCAGAACGGAGGGGGGGCGUUCCUUCUCCCCUACACUAUCAUGGCCAUUUUUGGGGGGAUCCCGCUCUUCUACAUGGAACUCGCACUGGGGCAGUACCACCGAAAUGGAUGCAUUUCCAUAUGGACGAAAAUCUGCCCAAUUUUCAAAGGGAUAGGUUACGCCAUCUGCCUCAUCGCCUUCUACAUCGCCUCCUACUACAACACCAUCAUGGCCUGGGCCCUCUACUACCUCAUCUCCUCCUUCACGGAGCAGCUGCCCUGGACCAGCUGCAAGAACUCCUGGAACACUGGCAACUGCACCAACUACUUCUCCGAGGAUAACAUCACCUGGAUGCUUCACUCAACAUCCCCUGCAGAAGAAUUUUACACACGGCACGUCCUGCAGAUCCACCAGUCGAAGGGGCUCCAGGACCUGGGGGGCCUCAGUUGGCAACUUGUCCUGUGCAUCAUGUUCAUCUUCACCAUUAUCUACUUUAGCAUCUGGAAAGGUGUUAAAACAUCUGGCAAGGUGGUUUGGGUGACAGCCACCUUCCCUUACAUCAUUCUUUUGAUCCUGCUGGUGAGGGGGGCCACCCUCCCUGGAGCCUGGAGGGGAGUUCUCUUCUAUUUGAAACCCAACUGGCAGAAACUCCUAGAGACAGGGGUGUGGGUGGAUGCGGCCGCCCAGAUCUUCUUCUCUCUCGGCCCUGGCUUUGGGGUCCUACUGGCUUUUGCGAGCUACAACAAAUUCCACAACAACUGUUACCAAGACGCCCUGGUGACCAGUGCGGUGAAUUGCAUGACGAGCUUCGUUUCAGGAUUUGUCAUCUUCACGGUGCUGGGGUAUAUGGCUGAGAUGAGGAAAGAAGAUGUGUCUGAGGUGGCCAAAGAUGCAGGCCCCAGCCUCCUGUUCAUCACAUAUGCAGAAGCCAUAGCCAACAUGCCGGCAUCCACAUUCUUUGCCAUCGUCUUCUUCCUGAUGUUAAUCACCCUGGGCUUGGACAGCACGUUUGCAGGUUUGGAGGGGGUGAUCACAGCCGUGCUGGAUGAGUUUCCACACAUCUGGGCCAAGCGCCGGGAGUGGUUUGUGCUUGGCGUGGUCAUUACCUGCUUCUUUGGAUCCCUGGUCACCUUGACUUUCGGUGGGGCCUACGUGGUGAAGCUGCUGGAGGAGUUUGCCACGGGACCUGCAGUGCUCACCGUGGCCCUGAUCGAAGCAGUUGCUGUGUUUUGGUUCUACGGCAUCAAUCAGUUCUGCAGUGAUGUGAAGGAAAUGCUUGGUUUCAGCCCUGGAUGGUUUUGGAAGAUCUGCUGGGUAGCCAUCAGUCCUCUCUUUCUCCUGUUCAUCAUCUGCAGUUUUUUGAUGAGCCCACCACAGCUACGACUUUUCCAGUAUGAUUAUCCUCAGUGGAGCAUCAUCCUGGGUUACUGCAUAGGAACCUCAUCUUUCAUCUGCAUCCCCACAUAUAUAACUUACCGGCUGAUUGUUACUCCAGGGACACUUAAGGAGCGUAUUAUUAAAGGUGUCACCCCAGAAACACCGACAGAGAUUCCCUGUGGGGACAUCCGCUUGAAUGCUGUGUAAAACAUCAACAAAAGGAAGAUGGCUUCCCAAUAACCUCUUCCUCCAGUCCUGACAAGUCACACCUCGCCUUCUCCCUCUAAGUCCAGCUAAGCCUAUCAAUGGAAGGGCGUUCUUCAUAGAGACACAGUCCCAAAAGACUAUGGUGCCCAGAUUCUUUCGGCCUCCAGUCACUUCAUAUGAAAUCUCCAGGACAUGUUACCACAUUAGACUCUCUGAUGCAGCUAAAGUGGACUGCUUUGAAUGUGUGAGGCUGUGUAUGGAGGUGAUGAAAACCACCAUGUCAUCAUUAGGACUAGUUUAGGAUCAAGUCUGUGAGUCUCCUGUGUCAUUCCUUCUUACGAUCAUUAGUAUCUAAUAUUGUUGCUUCCAAAGAUUUCAACUGUUCAUGACUGCAUAAACCAUCUAAGAAAAAAACAGGGAUACUGUCUUGCUAGCCAUAUGUUUUCUGAGUAGCAGAGAAUCUUAUAUCUGGAGUCUAUUAGAACCCCGUAACCUGUGUGCUGCUGUGGAGUCAGGAGAGAAAGAUGUAAGAAGCUAAAUUGAAAAAUAAUGUGUAUGUGUGAGCAUGUGUGUCUGUGUGUACAACUGUUCCAGUGUAUCCUUACCCGUUGCAAACUAUAUGAAUUUCCUCUAGUUUUUUUUUUUUUUUUACAUUAACAAAUUCCACCUACUGAAAUUUGUAUGUAUGUUAUUUGAAAGGUAUAAUUACGACAGGCUCUGCCACCUAUUCCUUUUCCAAGGACACUGCUUUAGCCCAUAUGCUUUCCUCUGUGGGCUGGCCUUCAGUACUUGCUGCACUUCACUGCCAUCUUCCUGUCUCUCUCUACUAAACAUACAGGGUAACAGUCCACAGGCUAAUCUGGCCUAUUUCAUUAGUCACUGUGGCUUGGCUGUGAACUACUUUGAAGAUGAAUAUUGAUAAAUGCAUCUUCAGUGUUCAGUUGGCUAUCUGGUUUAAGCUCUGUCUACUUCAAAUGACUGAGUUUGACCACUAAGGUUAUUUUGCUUUGUGAAGACUAGAUAAAUCUAAUUCUCACAGGGUGUAGAGGUCUGACACCCUGACCUAAACCAAGGUCAUCCUCAAUCCAAAAGUAAUUAAGAGAGUCUGGUAAGUGAACCUCCUCCCAACUCCUUGACUUUUCCUGGGUGGCUAUCAGGACAGUGGGCCCUCCAGAUAAUUUUCCAGAUUGAGUCUAAGUAAGGCUGAUUGGAAAAGGGACACUUAGGUUAAUGACAUUCAUGCCACAUAAAACCCUUAAUACAGAUCUAGUAAAUGUGACUUCAGUGGCUUGGGACACUCAGAUGCAUAGGUAGAGAAGCAAAUUUUACCUUGUAGUGACAUUUCCUUAACCAAAACCUUAAAGGCAGUAAAGCCUAGUCAAUGAUAAAAGGACUCAAUCUUCUGGCCCCAUAUCACAUCACUCCUCUAUAUGAAUCUAAUUCAAUCCUAACAACCUUACAGAAAGAUCCCUAUAGUAGAGGCCUAAUUUUAACCAAUUAUAGAUCUUUCUCCCUUGGCUUCCUUUCCCCAACAAUAUUCCCCAGCCAUCUUCCUGUAUUCCACUACAUUCUUCUAUUUCUCGUGCCCUGCUUUCCCCAGUGGGGUAUUUUCUCCAUAGAUGUCAGCUGCUGAGAAAUUUCCCAAAUUAUCAGAGGGAAAGAGAAAGGGGAUUUAAAAUGACUCUUAGUGACCUACCUUAU